AACGGCUCAAGAGUUCAAACGGCUAACCCUCUCUUUCUUCUCUCAUGGCUGUGACAUUCUUUACUAAUCUUCCUCUUUCAAAUGACUUUUUGGUUGCUGGCAGCUGGUAUGGAGAGGGAAAGGACCCGGUCCACUAAUUCUCUCUUUACACUGGCUUUUGAUUACUCAAGUUCAAAGGGUUUUCCUUCUCUCUUUAACUAUUGGAGACAAUUUAUGGGUUGGUGGCCACAGCUUUUUACUCGCCUGAUUUUUUUAUUCAAACGCCUUCUUCUCCCCCACCACCACACACCACACACACAGCAACCAACUGGCCUCUUUUCUGUGACAGCAACACUUUUCCUCUGUUUUUGAGGCAAAAGAAAGGAGGAACUUUAAAGGAUAUCACAACGCUUUCUGUCAGCACUCAUGUCAUUAAGGGGACAUUUGAACACUCUGCAUUCAUCCGUCCUCUUCGCCCUCAUCCUCGUCCUCGUCCUCCUUACACCUCCAGCCUCAUCCCAAGCGACAUGCACACCAAGCCCAUAUAGAGGCGUAUGUAGUGCCUAUGGUAUAACGUACCAGACCUCUGUGCCCCGAAAUGCAAGCCUCGUUCUUGAAGCUGCCUUCCAGACAUCGCCACUCGCAGGGAAACUCCUUGAUAUCCAGCUUCUGAACUUUCAAUGCGGGUCUGCUCUCCAGGCCUUCUUGUGCGCUGAAAAACUACCACGAUGUGAGGCAAACCAGACGCAGACUACGCCAACUGAAGAAAGAGUCUGUAAAAGCAGUUGCCAAAAAGUGAUUGAUCUGUGUCAACCUGUGCUCGAAAGCGCUGGUAUUGCGUUCGCAUUGCCCGCAUGUGAUGGCGCUACAGAUGCAGCGUUCGGGCGAACAAGACCUUUGGUGGAUGACACCGUCAGUGGAGGGACCUGUGUAAAAUCUGAAGAACAACUUGCCGUCGUCGUCAAUGACUUUCCAUGUAAAUAUCCACUCAUUCGCAAUCCGUACUGGCCCCUAUCAAGAGGGCCCGAUACUUGCAACGGGCCUUGCUGUGCCCCCUGUCCUGCUGAGGAGUUUCUGCAUCCACCAGGCGAAUUUGAUACGCAAGUCAGGGUGCACCAGAUUGUACACCUAGUAGCGUUUAUUCUGUCUCUAUACGUCGUUGUCUCGUACGCUGUUCUACCUGGACGACGAGAACACCCAGCAGACAUUGUGUUACACUUUGCCAUUGCGGCCUGCAUAUGGAUGGGUGUCUCUCUCUGGACGUUGCCGAAUGUGAGGAAUAUUCAAUGUGCAGCAGAUGGCGUGAGUCGAAGCAACGCUUUCAACAAUAAGCUGUGUGGGCUACAAGCAGCGUGGGUUUUACUCGGCGUGCAUGCCACAGUGUUUUGGGGCUGUUAUAUGAUAUGGAACCUGCACUUUACGAUCGUUCACAAAUCCACAAUUUUGGAUCGAUACAAACCUGUCGGCCUGAUUGCGUGCUGGGGCCUUCCAGCUAUCCUCACUACGAUCGCAGUGAUCAUGAACGACAUUGACGCCUCCACAGGCGCCCUUUGCUUCGUCGCCAGCGAUUCAGCCAUUAAACACGUAUUUGGUGUGCAAGGAGUGUUGAUCAUACCAACUGUUUUCGCCAACUUGGUGACCUUUGUCCAUAUUGCGCGGAUUGCCCGACGGGCGUCAUCGAUUCACAGUCAGGAUGAGCCAUAUGAGAUGGAUAAGCCUGGUUCAGUUAGCGGUGGAGCAUCUACAACAAUGAGCACCCGAAGGCAGAUCAUGCAGUUGGUCAAGUUGAACUGGAGAGCAUUGCUGUUGGGUGCUGUCUUUUUGACAACCUAUGUCACCUACUUUGUUUUUUAUCAAAUUCUGACCAACGCGAUCUCAUCCAUCAAACCCUCUACCCCGGAAGUACGCGGCUUCUUAGCCUGCAUGCUCACCCAACCACCAUUAACAGCGCACGCUACAUGUGCAAAGAGAUUCGCCACCUUCAUGCCAUCCUAUGGGAUGGUCAUUGCGGCCUAUGCAGUAGCAGGUCUAGUCGGCUUUUGGGUUUUCCUCAUUUUUGGCGUACAGCGUGCUCUUUUAAGAGAUUGGAGAAGAUUAAUUGAGGAUGUCGUGCAUGGGUUACGACGGAAAAAGACUGUACCCGUGAUGGGACCUACUGGAAAUGCCAAUCUGCGAGAACAAGAAUUGGGCAAGUGGGUGCAAAUUUAGUUUGCGUUUUCCUUUUUUUUUUGGAAUGUGUAUAUUUUAUUGUGCAGUUUGACACUGUAUUGUAUAUAGAUUAUUUCGAUUUGCGGGGUCAAAUCUUUUUUUUUUUUUUCAAUUAAACACUGUGUAUAUAUUGUUCGGAAAGUGCAAAUGACCAGAUAUGAGGGUGUUGAAAAAAGC